AUGACUAACACCGAUAUCAUCUCGGAGAAUGACGGCGAACUAUCUAAAAAACCCAAAGUUCUGAUCAUUGGAGCUGGAACCUGUGGGCUAAGAGCUGCAGAAGUCUUGAUCCAAGCGGGAUACGAAGUCAAGGUUCUUGAAGCUCGAGAUCGAGUCGGUGGACGAAUCGCCACGACUACAAAGCUUGGCCUUCCUUUGGAUCUAGGUGCAAAUUGGAUCCAUGGAAACGUCGGAAACCCCAUCAUUGCAAUUGCUGAAAAGGCUAAUUCAAGCUACAGCGUCGACGAGCUCGACGAUACCGUCGUAUUCGCCCCGGAUGGAUCUCUACUUCCCAAAAGGCUGGGGGAUGAUGUAGUCACUAAAAUGUGGGACUACUUUGACGAAGGGAUUACAUACUCCGCCCAAAACAUGGCGACCAUCCAGCCGAAUAUCAGCUUCAUGGAAUACUACAAGUCCAAAAUCGCAUCGGAAGAAGGAUGGGACGAAGAACGGCAGGCAUAUCAAUUGCAAGUCGCGGAUUUGUUAGGAAGUAUUGUUGCUACGGAGAUCAAUAAGCAGGAUUUUAGGAAUUUACAUAUGGAGGAACCUAUUCCCGGAGAAAAUCUGUUUUUGUCCUCGACUUAUGGGCCUGUGAUGGAUUUGAUGGCGCAGACGGUUUUGAAGGAAGACGGGUGUUUGGAGUUGAAUAAACCGGUUGAGAGGGUUGAGACCGUCCUGACGGUGGAUAGUGGACCGGUUCAUAGUGUUUACACUAAGGACGGUGAGGUCUAUACUGCUGAUGCGGUGCUUUGUUCGAUCCCGCUGGGAUCGUUGAAGCAAGAUAGAAUUAAAUUUGAUCCGCCAAUGCCGGAGAAGAUUCGACAGUCGAUUAAGCAUCUUGGCUAUGGAUCUUUGGAGAAGACGUACAUAACCUUCCCGGGAGCCUUUUGGAUGGACGGGCCAAGCUACUUCAUCUUCCUCGCUGACUCCACCACCUCAGACCAUAAAACCAUGGCCGCAAUCUCCCUAGCCCACAUCACCCCUCCACACAACCAACCAACUCUCCUAUUCUACACCCACGGAUCCGCCUCAAAAUACAUAACUUCGAUCCUUCAAUUCUCCUCAUCCCCGCAAGAAUCCCGUGCCAAAAUCCUACAAUUCUUCCAACCAUACAUCUCAAAACUUCCAAAUUAUUCGCCAACAAACCCUGAUUGUAUACCACGUGACUAUGUCGCUACGAAUUGGUUGAACGAUGAAUAUGCUGGGAACGGGAGUUACACAAAUUUCCCCGUAGGACUUGUGGACGGCGUUGAGGAUGUCAGGGUUAUCGAGGAAGGGAUCGAAGAGAGGAGAUUGUGGUUUUGUGGAGAACAUACGGCACCGUUGUUGGGGCUUGCUAGUGUUAGUGGGGCUUAUUGGGCUGGGGAGGUUGCUGCUAAGAGGUGUUUGAGGGCUUUUGGGGUGGAAAGGGAAGAUGUUACUACUGUUGUUUAA